ACCAUAAAGUGCUUUUUUGUUAUUUAAUCUACUUGUGGGUUCUUGGCAUAUAAUAAAAAUAUUUUUUUUAAUUACGUUUUACAAUAUUUGUAUUAGAUUAUUUGGCGAAAAUGUUAUUCCUAAUCGAAAAAUUGGAUUAAAAAUUGAUAAAAUACACAAUAUAACAUUAAGUAUUUUGUAAUUGCUGGAACAGAUUGCAGUACAUAUCUUGUGACAAAAGUUUCCAUGUUUUGACCAUUAAGUAUGUCGAGUUAAGAAAAAAAGAAUUUAAUAAACCAUCAAUUGCUACUCAUUGAGCUUUUUAAAAUUGGCUGAUCACUGCCUAUUAUCUUAGCUGACAACUUACCCCAAAGGAUCAAGAAAAUGAUCCAUCAGUAGUCAAAUUUCUUUGGAUUGAAACAAGCACUUUCAAAAACUUUCUUUGAAAACAACCUUGUUUUAAUGUCAUUAGUGACAAGAAGCUUUACACGUUAACUGCUAAUGGAACUUGGUUUUAAAGGUAAAGCGUUAAUAACUUCAGUUUGAGUUAUUGCUUUCAAAAUAAAAAGAAGAGUGGUUCCAAUAUUGGUGGGUAAGGAGAUGGAACCACACUAAAACCACAAACAAUGUUAUCUCAUUGGUCCAGUGUUACAUCAGUCAGACCUGAGGGUACUAAAGAUUGACUUUCUUUGCUCCAAAAUCAAUGGUUGCUUCCAUUUUUAUUGGUGCGGUUGCUUAUGUCAGAAAUACAGAACAGACAACCAUUGGAAAAAUCCAGAGUACGCACGUUAAAUGACGCAACAUUUCUUUGUCUAAUUACAAAUCAAAGAAAAAAGCAAUAAAGAAAUAAAACAAUCAACAAAACACCUCAGAAACUAAAUUAUUUUAUGCUCUUUUACUACUGAUUAAUAUUAUUUCUGUUAUGCUAACAUUGAUAUAAUCAAUAGGCCUAUCCAAUCCAGAAUGUUCUAUUUAUUAAUAAAGCACCACAUCCAGGACACUGAGCUGUAAAAUAAAAGUAUAGUAUACAAAACUCAAACAGAAAUAAAGCAGGCAAACAAUUUUAUUAUUUUUUUUAGCUUUCUAAAAUAUUAAAUAAUUCUUAGCCAAUAUAGUGAGGGGUUUACCUGGUCAAAAAGGUCCAGCAAAAUUAUGUGUAGCAUCAUUUUUAUCUUUUUGGAGACAAGCAAUAUAAGAAUUUUGGUGAUUCACAUACUGUUAACUUUUUAUCACUAUUUUUAUUAUUUUUUAACCUUUUAUUUAAUAUAACUAAUUGGAAUGCCAGUUGUUAAAAAAAUGUUUUCAAUUAGAAAUAAAAAAGGCCUACAAAAAAAUAAAACUACAGUAAAAUAAAUCCUAUUUUGUCAGUUAAAAUAGCAAUAAUUAAAAAUUACAAAUUUUACAAUAUUUAGAUGAGCUUUCGAAACAUUUUACAUUUAUAAAAUAAUACAAAAUAAAUUCAAUUCAAUAUUCCGACCCCAUUUAAUAAGCAUUAAUCCAUAAAUACAUAAUGAAAAUAAAUACUAUAAUUUUAUGAUCUAUAAUUAUAUGAGAAAGAUUGAGGGAAUCUACGGUGGCCCUGAAGUGCAAAUCACAUUAACAAAAAAAAAAAAAACUUUUCAGAAAAGAAUCGGAUUCCCCUUACUUCUGUUUAUAUGAACUGCAUUUCCCAGAAGUCUCUUGUGUAACCUCGCGCUCUCAACUUCCUGUUUGAGUGCGGCAGCUGGAAAGAUGGCAGCUGAAAGUGGGAGAUACAAGAGCUCUGUCAACAAAAACAAAGACCCUUCUGGUCUUCUUAUCUCUGUCAUCAGGACUCUGUCCAGCAGUGAUGAUGUUCAGGACAGGGAGACAGAGAAAAGUCGUCUGGAAGAGGCCUUUGAGACGUGUGACAGAGAUUUGGAUAAACUGAUUGUUCAGCAUUAUGCGGAACUUACAACUGCAAUCCGAACCUACCAGAGCAUCACAGAGCGCAUCACCAGCUCCCGCAACAAGAUCAAACAGGUCAAGGAGAAUCUCUUGUCUUGUAAGAUGCUGCUCCACUGCAAAAGAGAUGAGCUGAGGAAGCUGUGGAUUGAAGGUAUCGAGCACAAGCACGUCCUGCAGCUCCUGGAUGAAAUAGAAAGCAUCAAGCAGGUUCCUCAACGCCUGGAAACCUAUAUGGCAAGCAAGCACUACCUUCAUGCCACAGACAUGCUGGUGACAGCGGUGGAGUCUUUAGAGGGCCCCUUACUGCAGGUUGAAGGGCUCGGGGACCUGCGCCUGGAGCUCCACAACAAGAAGCUCAACAUGCACCUGGUGCUCAUUGAUGAGCUCCACCGACAUCUUUACAUCAAGUCCACAAGUCGCCUUGGACAUAAGAACAAAGACAAAAACGCCCCACGACCCCCUGGAUCCAUUACCAAAGACAUGUCUCCGAUACCUGUGUUGGAGGUCAGCAGUCUGUCAACUCCACGCAAGCUUCUGGAUUCAUCUCAGUACAGCACACCUGGAUCAAGCAGCGUGCGAGAGAUGCAGCAGGAUACGAAGGAGCUAAACCAAGCAGAUCUGCCUGAAGUCGAUCCGGAGGAGAACAGCGCAGAGUUCAUGGGCAUCCUCAUCCGGGCUUUGGCCAAAUUGAAGAAACUCCCUGAAACUAUCAAAGCUAUCAUGGAGCGACUGGAGCCGGAGCUGAAGCAGAUUGUCAAGAGGUCCACCACCCAGAUAGCAGACCAUGCUUACCAGAGGGGGGAGAACCUCGCCCAAGAGAGCCAGCCAAGGCUGCUAUUGGAUCUCCUGGAGCUCCUGUUUGAGAAGUUUAAGGCAGUUGCCCAGGCGCACAGCGUGGUGCUGUCCCACAUGCAGCCGAUUGCCGCGCAGAGUCAAGGGCGAACCCAGGAAGACGAAAUCAAGCUUUAUGAGCAGGCUGACGUAUCUGCCAAAAUCCAGGCAGUGCUGCAGGUGUUGCUCAUGGAGUACCUGGACGUGAAGAACAGCCGCAGUGCCACGGAGCCGUCCGCUCAGCUCUCCUAUGCCAGCACUGGCAGUGAGUUUGCUGCUUUUUUUGCCAAGAAAAGACCACAGCGUGCCAAGCAGUCUCUGUUCAAGUUUGAGUCAUCUUCCCAUGCCAUCAGCAUGAGUGCGUAUCUCAGAGAGCAGAGGCGAGAACUCUACAGCAAAAGUGGAGAAUUGCAAGGUGGUGCAGAUGACAACCUGAUUGAAGGAGGAGAAAUGAAGUUUGUCUGCAAACCGGGAGCCAGGAACAUCACUGUAAUUUUCCAGCCUCUUCUCAGAUUUAUUCAGGAGAUUGAGAAGAACAUGGGGUCGGGUCAAGCCAAGCAGUGUCAGCUCCGAGCUUUCCUCACCUACUACAUCAACGACCUCUUCCUCAAUCAGGUGCGGACAGAGAUCAACAAAGAAAUUGAAGCAGUGAGUAAGAUAGCUGACCCGCUGAAGAUCCUCGCAAGUGCUGACACCAUGAAGCUUCUCGGCGUGCAGAGACCUCUGCUGCAGAGCACAGUGGUUGUGGAAAAGUCUAUCCAAGAUCUAAUGAACCUGAUGCAGGAUCUAAGUGCCUAUUCCAACCAGUUCCUUGAGAUGAUCUGCGACAAACUCAAAGAAUACAAAGAAAUCUGCAACACGGCAUACAGGGCAAUAGUCCAGUGUGAGGAAAAGCUGACCAUUAGUGCAUCCUGGUCUAAAGAUGAGGACAUCAGUCGUCUGCUCCAGUCCCUCCCCAACUGGACAAAUAUGGCCCAACCCAGACAGGCCAGACAGAAAAGAGAAGAUGAAGAGGACUUUACACGGGCUGCUUUUGCCAAGGAGUCCGAGGUGUUGACAGGAAACCUGGGGGACAAGUUAAUCCCUCAGAAUGAGAUUCUACGGGACGUCAGUGACCUGAAGGCUUUAGCCAACCUUCAUGAGAGCAUGGAGUGGCUUGCAGGUCGCCUUAAAACAUUCUUCGCUAAUCUUCCUCAGACUUCCACUGCUUCCCCGUGCUCAGCUGACAGCCAGGUGCUCGGCGAGAGUGAACGCAGCAGGGAGCAGAUUCUUCAGGCUCUCAUCGACCUGUCUCGGGGCUUCCAGGACAUCGCCGACCGCUGUCUCCUGGCUUUGCAUCUAGAGAUCAGGGUGCACUGUUUCCAUUACCUGAUCCCCCUGACCAAGCAAGGAAAUUACGCCAUCGUGGCCAACGUAGAGAGCAUGGAUUAUGACCCUCUUGUAGUCAAACUGAACAAGGACAUCUCAGCUAUAGAGGAAGCCAUGGGAGCCGCCUUGCAGCAGCACAAGUUUCAGUAUAUAUUUGAAGGACUUGGUCACCUGAUCUCCUGUAUUUUAAUCAACGGGGCUCAAUACUUUAAGAGAAUCAGCGAGUCUGGCAUCAAGAAGAUGUGCAGAAACAUUUUUGUCCUCCAGCAGAACCUCACCAACAUCACCAUGUCGAGAGAGGCCGACCUCGACUUUGCCAGGCAGUACUAUGAGAUGCUGUACAACACUUCAGACGAGCUGCUGAACCUGGUGGUGGACCAGGGUGUUCGCUACACGGAGCUGGAGUACAUCAACGCCCUGUCCUUGCUCCACCGCAGUCAGACAGGCGUCGGCGACUUGAGCACUCAAAACACCCGGCUGCAGAGGCUGAAGGAGAUCAUCUGCGAGCAGGCUGCCAUCAAACAGGCCACCAAGGACAAGAAGAUCACCACAGUGUAACCAUGCAAGCAGGAUAGAGGACACAGAUAGAUACCAUCACCUGGAGUUGAAAGAACCAUAAUGCCACCUUUGUCUAACAUAUUUUCUUUCUGGUUGCUUUAAAUUGAAUUAUGUUUGCAAGGUUAAAAAUAGGGACCUUAUGUUAAAAUAAAUUCUUGUUUUAGACUUUAAAGGUGCAAAUGAGUUGUUGGAAAGUUUGUCCUCUCUGUGUCUCCUUACCUGAUUUGAUAGAAGACACUGUGGUGGAGUGUUGACAAAGAUAUACAUCUUUAAUGCUCUGGAUGUGGAGAUUAUAUGUGAGUGUGCUCUGCAGUGACUAACUGGUGACAAGACACACUACUGCAAGCACUUAUUUAAUCAGAUAAUCAAAAUUUUCCUUUCUAGUUAAUAAAAAAGGCACAAGAAAUAGACUCUUAAAGCCAAAUCUGUAAGAGUUAACACUCAUAUCUACAAGGUCACUUUAAGAAACUGGUUUUGACAUGACUUUAUUUAGAUGUUAUUUCAUUUCUUUUUUUUUUUGUUUGAGCUAACCUUUUUCUAUGCUUGGUAGGUUACUGAUUCUGUUUGAAAUUAUAUGUCUAACUGUCUGAAUGAGGCUGCAUUUAUUUUCUGAUUUCACUUGAGAUUGUUUCCUAUUGAUUCCACACACUGGAUAUUAUACAAUAUAUUUGUUGUUAUAAAUCUGUUCAUCAGUCUGCUAUUAUAAAUGACAGUGGAAUAAAAUAAUGUAGCUAUUACAGAGCCCUUAAAGGGACAUAAAAGUAAAAAAAAAAAAUAGCAUUUAGUGCCCACCAGAUAGUUUCUGGUUAGAAAUGACGCUUGGACACCAGAAACUAACUUGCACACCCCUGAAACUAAAAUAUUGCAGACCUAUAACUAUCUGGUGGGCACCUAAAACUAGAAGUAAAAGAAAAUUAGUUCUGGUUUUGGGUGCACACCGGAAAUUAUUUGGUGCCCACCAGAUAGUUUUUGGUUAGAAAUAGAGCCUGUGCACUAGAAACUAACUUCUAUGCCCCCGAAACAAACUGAUGUGCAUGUAAAACUAACAUAUACGCACCAAAUAGUAUCUGUUGUGCACCAGAAACUAUCCUGUACACAAUAAAUAGUAUCUGUUGUGAACCAGAAACUACCUUGUACACAAUAAAUAGUAUCUUGUGUGCACCAGAAACUAGCUUGUACACAAUAAAUAGUAUCUGGUGUGUACCAGAAACUAGCUUGUACACAAUAAAUAGUAUCUGGUGUGUACCAGAAACUAGCUUGUACACAAUAAAUAGUAUCUGGUAUGCACCAGAAACUACCUUGUACACACCAAAUAGUAUCUGGUGUGCACCAGAAACUAACUUGUUGGCACCAUAUAGUAUCUGGUGUGCACCAGAAACUAGCUUGAACACACCAAGUAGUAUUUGGUGCUCACCAGAAACUAACUUGUAUGCACCAAAUAAUUUCUGGUUAGCACCCGUUACUAACUGAUGUGUACCAUGAAGCUGUUUAAUUUUUUUUUUUUUUUAACUUUUAUUUUCCGUUAGGGCCUCUGUAGGAUACAUUUAAAAUACAUUUAAUUUCCCUUUUAACUCUUUUUCAAACAAAUUGGAAAAACAAAACAAAAAAAAAACAUCUUUUUUUAAGGAUUUUUUUUUCUCCAUCGUUUUCAGAUUAAUUUUUGUCAAAUGUUAUACAUCACAUUUGCAUCAAGGCAAAAACAUUUUGGUCACCAUUCUAAUUUUAUAAAAUCAAACUACAAUUGACUGCAUUUGCUUAUCUUUCAGCAGAGUAAACAUUUAAACACAAGGGACUAUCAGGAAUCCUUCCCUUUUUCCUUGCAACCCUCCCUGCCUCCAGUUCAUUAACUUGGGAGAGAGGUAUUUAACAAGAAAAGGAGAGGCGAAUUGGAGCCUUGUCAAUACGGCGGGCGCAGUGCUGGUCUCCCUGCAGCCCACACAGCAAUCCAUCAUAAUGGCACAUAGCCUUGGAUCGAUGGAGAAACAACGGCAAAGCUGCUGAGUGGAUCGUCUACCACUCUGAACGCACUCUAGGUGUGAAAUCUAAAAUCUGCUCAUUCAUCUAUUCAAUCCAGAGCUGCUUUUGUAAAAGGGAACUUCAAUACAAUGGUAACCAAGUGUGUCAUGCCACUCACACAUGCUGGUAAACUUCUAUCUUGCUGCAAAGACGCAAUACAAGUAUGUCCUCAAGGUUUUCUAAUGUAAGAAACAGUCUUUUCUUUAUACUGCACGUCUGUUUUUUUUUUUUUUACUUAUGUUACCUACACAUAUGUAGGAUGAUCACGAGUAUGUUUAGUAUAAUGUAUUAAACAUAUUUACCUUUGUUUUGGUUUAUUUAGCCAAAAUCCCACAAUAGUUGUACCUUGCUGGUUUUUGUGUGUUAAAAUGCUUUAAGGUUGUGCAUACAAACAUUACGUAAUGUCAUUUUUUUUCUCCACAUGCAUCCAAUUAAAAGGGAAGAUUAAAGAAACCACUAAAGGUC